GUGGAUCGUCGUCCAAUCAGAAAACUGUAGUGGGUUUCCAAGCAGUUCGUGUGACUAAUGCCUGUCAUAUGACUCUGCCACAAAUGGGGUUAGUUUUAAGGAACUAAGGCUGCACUUGGAUUUGGAAGAAAGCGAGACUUUCUAAAAUGCCUCCAACUCUUUUUCAGAAACUUUUUAAUAAAAGAAAUUCAAUUUCGCCGCCCCCAAGAUGCAACAAAGAGGACCCCGCGUUCAGCUGGUCAUCCCCACAGCUGGACCCUAGCCAGAUCAGAUUGAUACUGUACCAAGACUGUGAGCGACGGGGGAGAAAUGUCCUCUUCGACUCCAGUUCCAAAAAGAGGAGCGCAGAGGAAGCCCCUGCCUCGCAGAAGAUGUGCAGUAGCGAGGCCCAGGUGAAGAUGUAUGGGAAGUGCUGCCAGCUGAGGCCUACAGGGGGCAGCUCCAACUCUCUGGACAGUUCCUGUGCCACCGAGGCCCGGGAACCCAGGGAACAAGGGCUGCGCUUCCAGGGGUUGCGGUGUUCCUCUGAUGCCAACAUGUUGGGGGAGAUGAUGUUUGGCUCGGUGGCCAUGAGCUACAAGGGCUCCACACUCAAGAUCCACCAGAUACGGUCACCCCCUCAGCUGAUGCUGAGUAAAGUGUUUACAGCCCGAACUGGGAGUAGUGUCUAUGGCAGCCUUAACACACUGCAGGACAGCCUGGAGUUCAUGGGUCAGGACCCCAAUUCUUUGAGGCCUGAUCAGAACACUGUGACCAACGGCCUCCUGGGGAACAUAGGUUUCUCUCAGCUCUGCAGCCCGCGCCGGGCCUUCUCUGAGCAGGGCCCUCUGCGCCUCAUCAAGAGUGCCUCUUUCUUUUCAGGCCAUAGUAACCCCAUGGACAUGCCGGGCAGAAGCCUGUACGACGAGAGAGACAGCGGCAUCGCCAGAUCAGCAUCUUUGAGCAGUCUGUUGAUUACUCCGUUCCCCUCCCCGGGCUCCUCCCUCACCAGCAGCCAGGCCAGUAGCUACCAGAGACGCUGGCUCCGCAGCCAGACCACCAGUCUGGAGAACGGGGUCUUCCCAAGAUGGUCUGUGGAAGAAAGCUUCAACAUGUCGGACGAGAGCGGAGGUCCCAGCCUGGGCGUGGCCAGGAAGAAGAAGAUAGCCAUCGGUGUCAUCUUCCUCCUCUCCCAGGACGAAGAGGAGAACAUCAAGUUCCAGGACUACUUCUUCUCCCACUUCCCCCUCUUCGAGAGCCACAUGAACAAGCUAAAAAGUGCCAUUGAACAGGCCAUGAAAAUGAGCCGCCGAUCAGUUGAUUCCAGUCAGAGGGCUCUGGCCUAUAGCCGCAUGGUGGAUGGCCUCAAUGAAUUCAGGACGACCAUCGUCAACCUUUACACCAUGCCCCGCGUGGCCGAGCCCGUUUGGCUCACCAUGAUGUCUGGAGCCCCCGAGAAGAACCAGCUCUGUGGACAUUUCAUGAGGGAGCUCGCCCUACUCACGGAGCAGGCCUCAAAGAACCAGUUCCUCCCUGCCCUCCUCACAGCCAUUCUCACCAACCACCUGGCCUGGGUGCCCACUGUCAUGCCCAACGGACAGCCGCCUAUCAAGAUCUUCCUGGAGAAACACUCUUCUCAGAGCGUGGAUAGGCUGGCCAAGAGCCACCCCUACAACCCACUGUGGGCCCAGCUCGGUGACUUGUACGGGGCCAUCGGCUCCCCGGUGCGUCUGUCCAGGACAGUAGUGGUGGGGCGGAGACGGGAGCUAGUCCAGCGACUCCUCUAUGUGCUCACCUACUUCAUCCGCUGCUCUGAGCUGCUGGAGACCCACAUGCUGGACAGCACUGAGGACGAGGCCAUCGUCAUCCCAGGCUCUCUCAUCACCACCUCGCUGCAGCGUGGGGAGGUGGAGGAGUCAGACUAUGUGCUGGUCACCGUGCACAAGCCCAGCGGAGACUACCUCAGCCAGGGUCCCGAGCCCCAAGAGGACAGCAGCUACCCCUCACACAGCAACAACAGCUUGCAGUGCAGCACCUACACUGAGGCUGGCCCUAAGGAGGGGGACAGUAGUAACAACAGCCAGGGCUCCAAGAACAGUGUCCUGCAGGCCCAGGCCCACUCCAGCCACAACACUAACGCUGUGCCCAUCAUCCACUUGGAGGAUGUUAGUGAGCCCACGCCGCUCAAGGAGUCACCAACUGCCUUUCUGGAGACCAAGCUGGAAACAGUGGUGCGUGUGGGCUCCGCCUCCCCCAGGGAGACAGUGGUGCGUGUGGGCUCCGCCUCUCCCAGGGAGCAGGUCUGUGUGCUGCUGGAGACGAAGCCUGAGACCGAGUUAGAGGUCAAGGCCAGCGAGAAGGAGGGGGUGGGGAGUCUGCCCAUCAAGGUGUUCCACUCUUCUGGGAUACCACUGGAGAAGAAGCCCCCUGACAAGACCGUACCUGUACCUGUACCCGGCCCCUUUCUGUCAAAACACCAGGAGGAGCCGGCCACCAAAGUGUUGUUUCUCAUCGGCGACCCCCAGUCUCCGGGAUCAGACACAGAGAGCAGGAGGAGGAAGCUUGAGGAGGACAUUAAGAAGCACAAGAAAUGCAUCAAAGAGAAACAGAGGCAGCAACCGCAACUACAACAACAGCAACAACCACAACAGCAACCGCAACAACUACAACAGCAGCAACCGCUACUACAACAACAACCGCAACCGCAGCAACAACAACAACCGCAACCACCGCAACUACAACAACAGCAACCACCGCAACUACAACCACCGCAACUACAACCACCGCAACUACAACCGCCGCAACUACAACCGCCGCAACUACAACCGCCGCAACUACAACCACCGCAACUACAACCACCGCAACUACAACCACCGCAACUACAACCACCGCAACUACAACCACCGCAACUACAACCACCGCAACUACAACCACCGCAACUACAACCACCGCAACUACAACCACCGCAACUACAACCACCGCAACUACAACAGCAGCAACCACCGCAACUACAACAACAGCAGAGUGGAUGCGGUGACGGCGGUGAUCAGAGGGUGAAGUCUACUACCAGCAUAUCACCCGACCAAACCAAGACCAAUGCUGGUGGAAAGAAGACUCUGAUGCGUGUCUUCAGCAAGAUGCCCCAGUGGAAACCUGUCAGCGAGGAGUGCUCAGAGCUGUUCGACGAGUACUUCAGUGAUGACAGCCCUGUAGAGACCAGGACUAUAGACGAUGUGGCGAAAUGCCUGGACUUGUCAAACGGCACGGACAAAACCCAGAAAGAGCUUCUGGACCCUUCGGGAGUCCAGAGUAGCAGUUGCUGUAAGGGACAUGGGCAUCAGGGACAGAAGGGAACAGGGCAGGUGGGGGUGGGACCGGGGGUGUUGGUUGGGAUGAGGCUGAUGUGUGUCGGGGAGGCUGACGUCCAGGCCAGGUGUAGGUGUGGCUCUACAGACACAUCAGAGGCACGCUCCUGUAGAAGUUGUUCUUCUGAGCAGAACAUGUGCAUCCUGAUUUCUGUAACCGUCCCCAAAGGGGCCCAACAAAAGAAGGGGGCCCCGCUUAAUGACUGUGAGAUCCCUCGGAACGAGAGUUCGGACAGUGCGCUUGGGGACAGCGAGAGCGAAGAUGCAGGGCAGGACGUCCACAGGCAGAGCGAUAGUGACACCUACUACAAAGAUGAUCAGGAGCCAGAUGAGUGGCAGGAAGAGGUGGAGGUCCCCUUCCCUGGGUCAAAGUUGGUGGAGCAUUUCUCCAAACCGAGCAUUGCCAACUUUGGAAGGUCACUGUUCGGAGGGUACUGCACAACCUAUGUGCCGGACUUUGUUCUGCAGGGGAUGCCCAACGAUGACAAACUCAGGCAGGGCCUCAUGUCAGAAUUAGCCCACGCUGUACAGCAUCCAGUGUUGGAUGAGCCCAUUGCGGAGGCGGUCUGCAUUAUCGCAGACACUGAUAAGUGGACGGUGCAGGUAGCCAGCAGCCAGAGACGAGCCACGGACAACAACAAACUGGGGAAGGAGGUCCUGGUGUCCAGCCUCGUGUCCAGCCUGCUCCAGUCCACCCACCUGCUUUACAAGAUGAACCUCUCCCCCAACUUUUGCAUAAUGCACCUUGAGGACAGACUCCAGGAGAUCUACUUCAAGAGUAAAAUGCUGGCAGAGUACCUGAAGGGACAGACUAGAGUGCACGUCAAGGAGCUGGGGAUGGUCCUGGGUAUUGAGUCCAGUGACCUACCCCUGCUGGCUGCGGUGGCAAGCACUCACUCUCCCUACGUGGCCCAAAUACUGCUAUAAUAGAUGGAACCAAAGCCAGAGGUGGCGGGUGACUGUGGACUGGAGCAGCCGGAUACUGUGCUUCACCCUGGCCCAACACGUCGGCUUUACCUUGUUCACCGACGCCCUGCUGAUGCUUUGAGAGGGCCGGUGCAAUGCAGAGUCUCCUGGACAAGGUGUGCAUCCCAAAUGGCAUACUAUUCAGAAGUUGUACACUAUGUAUGGAAUAGGGUAUCAUUUGAGAUGCAGAAGGGCCUCAUGGAUGGAUCUUAGACCUCACCGACUGCUGCUGCCACUGGGCAAACAACAUACUGGGCAAACAGACAUACUGGGCAAACAGACAUACUGGGCAAACAGACAUACUGGGCAUACAGACAUACUGGGCAAACAGACAUACUGGGCAAACAGACAUACUGGGCAAACAGACAUACUGGGCAAACAGACAUACUGGGCAAACAGACAUACUGGGCAUACAGACAUACUGGGCAUACAGACAUACUGGGCAUACAGACAUACUGGGCAUACAGACAUACUGGGCAUACAGACAUACUGGGCAUACAGACAUACUGGGCAUACAGACAUACUGCCACAAGGGGACAGCCGAGUCCAUGGUCUCCUCUGCUAGUAAGAGAUGAAGCUCUGUUGGCCCAGUCCAGGCCAGAGAGGCAUGCUGCUGCUGUGGCCAAUUCUCCUCUUUUUCAGUGUUUUUUUCCCCCUCCUCUGCAUCAACAUUAUUUUAACCCAGUUAAAGGACAAGAAGGCCAAAUAAUUAUUCUGUUGAGUAUAAAUAAUAAUCAAGAUAUCAAUUCUAAAAUAUAUAUUUUUUUAUAUCUACUUCUUUCCCGUACAAUCUUUUACCCAUUUAACCAGGAAGCACAGGUGAUAGAUAGGAUGAGUUUUUUUGUUACUUGUAGUGAAUAUGAUCAAAUUCACUUUUAUUUCAAUUAUGUUUCUGUGUUCUUCAUGUAUUUGUUUACAAGUGUACUUGACCUGAAAUGUCACCCUCGAUGAUCCAUAAUUCAUUGGAUUUCAUUUGAAAAUGAACUACACUAAUUAUAUAAUCAUAGGCCUGGAAGUCACAUCUGGUUAAUUUAUACACAUUCAUUGUAAUUCUUAACUGCAGUGUAGCUUUAACAUUCUUGAUCACAGGUACAGCACUACCUCAGAUAUUUUGUGGGCGAUCGACGCUACAUGCUUUUUAUAGUUGCCGACUAGAUAAGCCUGGGAGAAUUAUUUGUAUUUUUAAAUCAGUGGAAUGUUCAAAUAAAACUGCGAACCCAAUGCUGAACUCUUUUUGAAAAAGGGAUGUUAAUAAUUACAUAUUUGAAAAUAGGGAAAACCUUUUGUAAUUAUUUUUGGAAUACAACAAGAGCUCAAUUCUACUGCUGAAUGUGGAGAUUUUUUGUUUUGUUUAUUUAUCUACAUAUUUUCAAACUGAAAUAUUUUCACAAGUUUAAAACAUUUGUAUUGCUUUGACACCAUCAUACCAUGUUUACGGCUGUAUUGCAUGCUUACAAAGGGAGAGUUUGUGGAAUAUCUGUUCGCAAUACGUUUUAUCAGUUCCUUAAACUAUACUCAAUGUUUA